AUGUCGACCAGCCGCAAAUUAAAGAGUCACAGCAUGAGGAAGGGCAAGAACCAAGCACCUCACAAGGGAGUCAAGAGAGGUGGCAGGAAAAGAAAAUACCAGAAGGGCAACCUGAAGAGUAGAAAACGGUACAAUGACGCCAAUCGCAAUUCCCGCUCCCACUUGUGA